AUGGGUAUUUGUUUUCAAAAAGAAGAUAAUAAAUAAGCCAAUUAAAUUGAAGAUUCAAAAACUGGUUCUAGUACUACAAUUCCAGGAGAUGCAAAACAAAUAAAACUAAAUGAUUAAUUGAAUCUAGUAUGUUUGGAAGAUUUUAUAUUUAACAAAGUAAAUUAAUAACUGAUAAUUAAAAAGGUUGUUGGAAGAGGAUCAUUUGGAAAGGUCAUGUUGGUUUAACAUAAAAUGACAAAACAAUAUUAUGCUAUGAAAAUAUUAAGAAAGGAUAUUAUUUAAUAAAAAGGAUAAUAAAUUCAUACAAUGAAUGAACGAUAAAUUUUAGAAGUAGCUUAACAUCCAUUUAUUGUUAAAUUACAUUUUGCAUUUUAAACACCUGAAAAAUUAUAUUUAGUUACAGAUUUUCUUGCUGGAGGUAAAUUACAUAUUUUAUUAAUAGGCGAAUUAUUCUAUCAUCUAAGAAAAUCAAAAAAGUUUUCAGAAGAAAGAAUGAAAUUAUAUGCUGCUGAAUUAAUAUUAGCACUUGAUUAUCUUCAUUAAAAAGGCAUUAUAUAUAGAGAUUUAAAACCAGAAAAUAUUUUAAUUGGGGCUGAUGGACAUUUGAAAUUGACAGAUUUUGGUCUAUCUAGAAUCAAUCUAAAGGAAGGUGAAAGAACUUAUACAUUUUGUGGUACUCCUGAAUAUUUAGCUCCUGAGAUUUUACUAGGCUAAGGACAUGAUUAAUUAGCAGAUUGGUGGAGUCUUGGUGCACUUAUGUAUGAAAUGAUAAAUGGUGCUCCUCCAUUUUAUUCCAAUGAUAAAGGUAUUAUGUUCAGAAAUAGACUUGAGAAAAAAAUUGAAAUGAAAUCAUGGUUCUCUGAAGAAGUUUCUGAUCUACUUACAGGACUAUUGAUAAAUGAUGCUACAAAAAGAAUAAAUAUUCAUUAAAUAAAAGCUCAUCCUUUCUUUAAAUCAUUAUCUUGGGAAGAUGUCUAUGAUAAAAAAAUUAAACCAUAAUUUAUACCUAAACUUAAAGAUGAAUUAGAUUUAUAAAACAUUGAUCCAGUAUUUACAGAGGAAGAAAUAACUGACACUCCUAUUAAUACAUUAAAAGUAGGCACUUUUGAUAAAUUUACAUAUGCAAAUUCUUAAAUAUUCAAAUAAUGA